UGAGAGUAGCAGUAGGUGACAAGAGCAGAUAGUCAUUUUCUCAGAGGAAGAACCCAACGGGUAAAGUCAACAGUUUCAUUCCGACGCUGAAAUAAAAGAUGAGGACAACAAUCUGGCUUGCUUUUAUUUCUGUUCUUUACCUUACUCUGCCAGCCACGACAUCAAAGCCAACUCUAAUGUCAUCACAACUGAAAAAAAUAGCUCGGCUAGUCAUCCCUUACGUCAACAAGGUCCGCGGCUAUGCAAUACUACGACCAGGUACAGCUGAGUUUACGGUUCGCACUAGCGAUUCGACUGGUCAAACCGGCGUUAAACAAGACGAUGACGAUAAUGAAGUCCUACCUGAUGCAGGCAUUACAGACUUCGAAGAUGGAGACUUGGACGAUUUGCAUGCCCCUCAUCGCAGGUUUGAUGACUAUGGCCACAUGAGGUUUGGAAGGAGUGGCCCCGCCAAAAAAUUUGAUGACUAUGGUCACAUGAGAUUUGGAAAAUGAUAUGUGGCACACAUAUUUUCUGUCAAUGAAAUAUUAAAGUAACUAAUACUGAAGCAGUUUAUACAUAUUUGAGGAGCAUGUAUACGUAUACAGAAAUAAAGAAAUA